CACUCAAUCCGGGGGAAGAAGGAAACCAGAGGAAGGAAAUGUUUUUUUGAAAAAAUUCCGAGGAAAAGAGGACAAGAGUCGCGGAGAUGAAAGCAGUCUCUUUUUAGAGCUCGAAAGAAACCGUAACCCUAGAAUCUGGAGUUCAAGCCAGAGAAGAGAAGAGACCGCCGGAGGAGUUCUUUCGAGCUGCUGCACCGAGGCCUCUUCUUGGGACUCGCAACCACGUGGCGAUCGAGGGAUUCUCGCGGUCGUUUGCGACGCUUCCGGUGGUGUCUGAAUCCGUGAGGGUGUUUUACCUUAUGAGAAGAGGAAACGAUCGUGUUUUUUGGGGUGUACGAGAAGAAAGAUCGUAUCUUGAGCUCUUCUGAAGAUUUCUACUUUCAUUGUCGGUAGUGGAAAGCAAAAGGAGAAGAAAAAGAAAGCGUUAAAAAAGAUUGGGUAUUUAGGGGUAUAUCUGAGAUCCGGUUAUUGGUCCUUUUGGAGGUUUGGAUAAAAAUGGGAUUCUUGAAGAGGGGGUGGAACCUAUAGGAUGUUGCAGGCCAGAGUUUAUUGCUUGGUUUCCACUUCCCGUUGGUUAUAUUCUCUAUCUGCCGAUGUGUUUGAAGGCAGUCCUUCCUUGCUUUCAAGGGCCCAUAUAGAGUCUGCAAGGUUUGUUUGUUGUUAUUCUUGCUAAUUCUAUAAGCCUAUGUAACAAAAUUUUCCCUUUUUAGUCUACAUAGAUCACCUGCUCCCUCCCCUUGAGCAAAAAAUGGUGCCUUCCGGCUCUCCGACUCCGGUUGGAGGAGCCCAGUCGGUCCCUCAAUCUCUUCUGAGGUCAAACUCCGGCAUGUUGGGCGGAGCCCAGUCUAAUUCUAUCCCUUCUCAGCAACCUUUCUCUUCCCUGGUUUCUCCUCGAACCCACUUUAACAACAGCAACAACAAUAUGAGCUUGCUGGGUAACAUUUCCAACGUAUCAUCACUCCUUAACCAUUCAUUUGGAAAUGGAGGGCCUGUUUCUGGUGGUGGGCUCUCCAACCCUUCUGUGAACCUCCAACAGCGAGGUAGUGUUGGAAGUGCAGUUGAUAUGCUAGGUUCUGCUGAGCCUGAUCCUCUAUCCUUCACCUCUUCGUCUGGUCUGGGUCAGGGGCAGCACUUCCAGAAUCCUUCUGGAAACCAGCUUGUGCAGGAUCAGUCACAGCCUCAGCAACUUGAGGGGAUACAGAACUUCCAACAACAGUUCUCAAUGCCUCACAGUCAGCAGCAAACACAGCUCCGGGGAGGGCUGGGCAAUGUGGGCAGCAUGGGUCCUGUCAAGUUGGAGCCACAGAUGUGUCCUGAUAAUAAUGGUCCACCACAGCAAUUACAGUCAUUGCGCAGUCUAGGUGCUAUGAAAAUGGAACCUCAACAGCUGCAGUCUGUAAGAAGCUUAGGUUCUGUUAAACUGGAACACCAACAUUCCGAUUCAUCAUUGUUUCUGCAGCAGCAACAGCAGCAGCAGCAGCAACAACAGCAACAGCAGCAGCAGUUACUCCAAAUGUCGAGGCAGCAGUCACCAGCUGCAGCUGCUCAAAUUAAUCUCUUACAGCAGCAGCGGAUCAUGCAUCUGCAGCAGCAGCAGCAACAGCAGCAACAGCAGCAGCUUUUUAAGAACUUACCUCAGCAAAGAAACCAGCUGCAACAACAGCUUCAACAAAGUCUUCCUUUGAGACCUCAAGUGAAACCAUUAUAUGAGCCUGGAAUGUGUGCACGGCGUUUGACUCAUUAUAUGUAUCAUCAGCAGCAUAGACCAGAAGAUAACAAUAUUGAGUUCUGGCGAAAAUUUGUUAAUGAAUACUUUGCUCCCAAUGCCAAGAAGAGGUGGUGUGUUUCUCUCUAUGGAAGUGGGCGUCAAACCACUGGUGUUUUUCCUCAGGAUGUAUGGCACUGUGAGAUAUGCAGUCGUAAACCUGGUCGUGGUUUUGAAACUACCGUUGAGGUUCUGCCAAGACUAUUCCAAAUUAAAUAUGCUAGUGGUACUUUAGAGGAACUUUUAUACGUUGACAUGCCCCGUGAGUAUCAGAAUGCAUCAGGCCAGAUUGUCUUGGAUUAUGCUAAAGCAAUUCAAGAGAGUGUAUUUGAGCAAUUACGUGUGGUACGUGAAGGUCAGCUGAGGAUUGUUUUCUCCCCUGAUCUAAAGAUUUGUUCCUGGGAAUUCUGUGCUAGGCGUCAUGAGGAGCUUAUUCCUCGGAGGUUGUUAAUACCCCAGGUUAGUCAACUUGGAGCUGCAUUGCAGAGAUAUCAGAAUGCUGCGCAAAAUGCAUCAUCUGGCUUAUCUACCCAAGAGUUGCAAAAUACUUGUAAUUUAUUUGUGGCAUCUGCUCGCCAGUUGGCUAAAGCUUUGGAGGUACCGCUAGUAAAUGAUUUAGGAUAUACCAAAAGAUAUGUUCGCUGUCUUCAGAUAUCAGAGGUGGUAAAUAGUAUGAAGGAUCUGAUUGACUAUAGCAGAGAAACAGCGAGAGGACCUAUGGAUAGCCUGAUCAAUUUCCCUCGAAGGACUACUGUUUCUUCAAACCUCCGUUCUCAACUGGCUCAGCAAUGUGAGGAGCAGCAAAACAUUGCCCAGAACUCGAACCACAAUGAUCAGACUGCUACUCAUGCAACAGGUGUGCAACUUUCUUCUGCUAGCAAUGGUGUUGUGAGUGCAAAUAAUUCCCUUAAUGCUCCGCCAUCCACCGGUGCUACGUCUGCCAUAGCUGGGCUCCUCCACCAAAACUCAGUGAACUCCAGGCAAGAAAACCAGGUGAGCAGCGUGACCAGCCCCUAUGGUGGUGGGAACAGUGUUCAAAUACCAUCGGCUAGUUCUUCCAAUUCACUGCCACCUUCCCAGCCCAAUCCUUCAUCUCCAUUCCCCUCACCAACACCAUCCACAUCAAACAACAAUACAACCCCAACCUCUCAUAACACCACCCUUAUGAGCUCAGCUAAUUCACCUGCAAAUAUGUCUACAAUCCAGCAGCCGUCAACACAGUCGCAUGAAGCUGAUCCAACAGAGUCGCAGAGUUCGAUGCGGCAGAUCUUGCAAGAGAUGAUGAUUCCCUCUCAGCUAAAUGGUGUCAAUACCCUGGGAAAUGAGAUGAAGGGAAUUAAUGGUAUGACACCAGCUCUGAAUGGAGGCAACUACUUGGUAGGAAAUGGCAUGGCAAACAGUUCAGGCGUCAGUGGCAUGGGGUUUGGGAGUUUGGGAGGGAUUGGUCUAUCGGCAACGCAGAGUGGGUUAAGGGCCGCAAUGGUAAACAAUGCCAUGAGCAUGAAUGGGAGGGUUGGAGUGAAUCAUAUGCCACAAGAUCCAACAGCUGUGAACCACCAGCAGCAGCAGGAUAUGGGAAGCAGGCUGUUGGGUGGGCUUGGACCGGUCAACAGCUUUAAUAAUCUUCAGUUUGAUUGGAACUAGGGAACCUCACUUGGCUUAAUUACAUGAUCCAAAGUGUGAGAGGAUUGCGAGCAGAUUCUUGCAAGUAUGAGUUAAACCUAAGCUCAACUUGGGAAAGCCCUUUCUGUACUAAUCUCUGACGAAGAAUGGAUGUCUAAUUAGCUUCUUUCAUAUAAUCCUGGCCUCUUUGUUCUCCUUGUAAAUCGGCAGAGUUCUGACUUGGAUGCAAGGUCUCUUCUUUAUGUCAUGCUUCAACGAUAAAUUCUUUUAGAGGCACAUAACCAAUGGGAGGAGUGUAUUUAUAACAGAGGUGAGAGAGAGGAGGAAAGCACAAUCUCCCUGGUAGUUCUUGAUGCUAUUUCAUUACAGUUGGAAGGGGCAAUCUAAGCAUGAGCUUGACCUCAGUUCUCUGGAAGAGAUGUAUCUUAUUGUCCAAGAAAUUUGUAAGCCGAAUUUCCUUUUGUCUGUUUCUUUUUUCCUUAUAAUUUUUUUCUCUUGCAGUGUGAAAGAAAUCAUGAUUUCAAAGGUCCAAGUGCAUGUGAAUUGUGCUGAUUCUGUUUCCCUCAACCAGUGUGAUUGGUUGGCUGACCAUUUUGGCAUAUUAGAAUGUUUUCUAUAACGGAGGUUAGAGUGGGGGAAAGCAUGCAUGGCUUGCGAGUUCUCUUUGGUGCAAUGCCCUCGGGCUUAUCCGACUGUAACUCAUCUGGACAUUUUGUUAGUUUUUGAUGCUGUUUUACUAUGGUUGAAGGGGUGGUCCAAGCUUUCCAUCUUGGGUGGGAGCUCUGUGAAAGAGUUUUAUCCAAUCAUCCUAGAAAUUUGUUAUGAAAUUUGCUUGGCAGCCUUUAUUUUCCUUGUUUCUUUUAGGUUUUCUCAUUUGGAAGAAAUCUUGAUUGCA